UCGUUUGUAUCAAUCUGUUAUGUCGUUUAAACUAAGAUUUACAGUCAAAGUAGCUUCUCAUCUUUCCGAUUCUUUCUCUCAAACUAACACUGAGCAAAUGAACUCCACACAGAAUACAAUCCUAACCAUCAUUUCUCCUAAAUUUCAAAUUUCUGGUUACACUCAAAUUCACUCUAGAUUGCAUCUAAACCCUAAAUGUACUCCUCCCCUUUAUAAAACCCCUAAAAGAUUCAAGUUAAGGAGCUUCAAAAUCAAAGCUUUAGUGGAAAAUACUGGUGAAACGGGGAACUGGGUUAACCGGUUACCGACCGGAGCUUUGGCUGCUGACAAGAUUUUUAGACUGAUUUCAGGUGCCACCGCUAGUCCCAUUGGCCAGUUCAUAUCUUCUCCCACAACUUUCUUGCACUCUGUUGACCCUAGAAUUAAAUUGGUGUGGCUUUUGGUUUUAGUUGUUUUGCCAGCAAGGUCAUAUAUAGUUAUGCGUUUUGGAUUGGUUGUUUACAUUGCUCUUUUGUCAAUUUGGAUUCUCCCAAGGCAAGUUUGGAUGGAUCAAUUGGGAAGAGUAUCAUUGCUUUCUGGAAUUUUGUUCAUAAUGUUGGGGCUGGGUUCAGAUAGUGCACCUGCACUUGUCCAGUCAAGAACUCCGCCACCUGCAAUGAUGGGUUUACCAAAUGUUCCUGCAUCUUUGGGAGGUUAUUCAUAUUUAAUCAUGAAGCUUGGACCGUUACAGUUCACAAGGAAGGGCUUAUCAGUAGCAAGCACAGCUGCAUGCUUAAGCUUUAUUAUUUUCCAAAGUGCAAGCCUCUGCCUGGCAACCACAACUCCGGAGCAAUUGGCAUUUUCUUUGCGGUGGUUCAUGCUACCUUUGAGAUAUAUAGGUGUACCAGUGGCCGAAAUUGUUCUUAGCCUCUUGCUUUCUUUGAGGUUCAUCAGUCUAGUGUUUGAUGAGGUCCGGAAUGUUGCACUAGGGAUUGUAUCUCGGAGGAUAAAUUGGCAGCAACUAACAAUCAUGGAGACAAUUGAUAUUUUUGCUUCCUAUAUACGUCGGAUCUUCAAGAAUAUUUUUAACCAUGCAGAGCAGAUAUCUCAGGCCAUGAUUGUGCGAGGUUUUAGAGGGGACAGCAACUCUCAUAAAAUCUACUUCUUAGCGGAAUCAUCAUUUGGCAUGGCAGAUUUUGUUUCCUUAUUGUGCCUGGUCGGUGUUGUGGGCGGCGCUUUCCUAUCCGAUUAUUUCCUUGUCUGAGUGCCAUUUCCACUUUUGCUUUGGUCAAGAUUUGCAAUAAUUCAUCAAUGCUGUUACAGAUUCAGCUGCUUGUUAGAGAGACAUUCUUAACAUGCACAAUUUACUGAAGUUAAUGCAUUCUCAACUAUAGUCAUUUGUCAAUAAGUUGUAGUUUACUGGUUUAGCACAUGUGUGGAUCAAACCAGGGUGGAAUGGCACAGAAGAAAAUCAAGCAAGCAAUUCCCACUUAUGUGGCUGAAACAUACGUUUGUAUAUAUGUUUCGUGAUUAAAGUUGUAUCAUCUUAUUAAUUUGAUUUGAUAAUAAUAGCUUUUUCUUAAUAUAAA